AUGAGAAGAGAUGUGUUCCUUCGGAUAGUAGACGCUCUCUCAAACGUGUAUCCGUAUUUCCAACAAAGGGUUGAUGCAACUGGAAGAAGAGGCUUGUUGCCACUUCAGAAAUAUACCGCUGCGAUAAGGAUGUUAGCAUAUGGCGUAGCAGCUGAUGCUGUUGAUGAUUAUGUGCGCAUAGGCGAGAGCACUACAAUUGAUUGCUUGGAAAAAUUUGUUGAAGGUGUCAUUUCCGUGUUCCAGGAUGAAUACUUGCGAAAACCCAAUCCAAAUGACGUACAACGCCUGCUACAAAUGGCGGAGGGUCGUGGCUUUCCUGGCAUGUUGGGUAGCAUUGACUGCAUGCAUUGGCAAUGGAAAAAUUGUCCAAAGGCGUGGAAAGGUAUGUACAUGAGUGGUUAUCGUGGGGUUGCAACCAUAGUACUUGAGGUUGUAGCAUCUUCAGACCUUUGGAUAUGGCAUGCGUUCUUUGGAUUUUCUGAUUCAAAUAAUAAUAUCAACAUGUUAGAUCGUUCUCUAGUGUUUGAUGAUAUUCUAAAUGACCAUGAUAUUUAUCCUGAAUGGGCCACAUUUGUCAAAUCAAUCUCAAAGCCACAAGGUGAGAAGCGCAAGUUAUUUGCACAAUACCAAGAAGGGCAAAGAAAAGAUGUGGAACGAGCAUUCGGAGUGUUGCAAACACGCUUUGCAAUUAUACGUGGUCCAGCUCGUUUUUGGGAAAAGAAGAAGCUUGCCAACAUAAUGAGAGCUUGUAUUAUAUUGCAUAAUAUGAUUGUUGAGGAUGAAAGAGACACUUAUGUAGGAAAUUUUGCUCAAGGCUUAGAGUAUGAUGAUGUUGAAAAUGGCUUAUCACAACCUCAGCUGGGAGAGGAAGAUUUUGCACCAUACCAUCAAUUUCUCCAAAGAAAUAUCCAACUUUGA